AGAAAGCAAAACCCGAACCAAGAAAGAGGGCAGCAGGAAGGACAACACCCCCCUCCCAAAAGUGAGGGGGGUGGGAAGAUGGCAGCUCUCGCCAGCUCUCUCAUCAGACAGAAACGGGCGGUUAAAGAUGACCAAACCAACCGACCAGUAGCCAGCAAGCGAAAGCCGUGUCCUAAGAGCAACAAGUCCUUGUGUCAGAAACAGAUUCUGGUCCUCAUCUCCAAAGUGCGACUGUGCGGGGGUCGGAAAAGUCGAAACGACAAAAGACCGGAGCCACAGCUGAAAGGAAUCGUUACCCGACUGUACAGCCAGCAUGGAUACUACCUGCAGAUCCAGCCUGACGGCACGUUGGACAGCACGAGGGAUGAAGGCAGCUCCUUUUCACAGUUCAACUUAAUUCCUGUGGGACUACGGAUUGUGGCAAUCCAGGGGGCAAAAACGGGAUUGUACCUUGCUAUGAACAGUGAAGGAUACCUCUAUACCUCUGAGCACUUCACUCCGGAGUGCAAGUUUAAGGAGAGUGUGUUUGAGAACUACUACGUGACAUACUCCUCCAUGCUCUAUCGGCAGACCCAGUCAGGCCGCUCCUGGUAUAUCGGCAUCAGUCGUGACGGUCACGUUAUGAAGGGCAACCGUGUGAAGAAGACCAAAGGAGCCGCCCACUUCCUGCCCAAAGUCAUUGAGGUUGCCAUGUAUAAGGAGCCGUCGCUCCAUGAGCUCACCAGCGAACCAGUGAGUCCCCCUCGGAAGACAGCGAAGACAUCAGAUUCACCGUCCCUGCAGAACGGACGGAAAGAAGCCCCCAAGGCCGAUGCUUCAUAGCACAGGUGACUGAGGGUGGGGCAAAGGGCAGCGGUGUCCCCCCUUUAAACA